AAUAAUAACUAUGCUAGAAGAGCUACUCUCCACAUUACCCACAUGGGCGUGGCUUGUGGUUGUCCUCAUAUCUCUGGUGUGGUGGUACAACCACAAGCCAGCACCACCAAACUACCCGCCUUCUCCUGGUCUGUCCCUGCCUCUGAUUGGUCAUCUCUAUUUGAUGGAGAAAGAUCCAAGAAAAAACUUCAGACAAUGGGCACGGACAUUAGGAGGGGCUUUCAGCUUAAAGAUGGGGACAGCACCGUUUGUAGUGUUGAACAAAUACGAGCUGAUCCAUGAGGCGCUUGUUAAGCAGGGAGACAACUUUUCUAACAGAUCAACCAUAGAUUUCUUUUCUUCACAAUUUCCUGAACGAACAAAUGGAAUUGCUCUUUCGUCCGGACCGCUAUGGAAAGAAAUACGAACAGCAUCGAUGACAAUUAUGAGAUAUUUAGGAAUGGGUAAAAAUAUACUUGCGGACAAAAUAUCUGAUGUGGUUGAAGUUUACCUGCAGGAGCUAUCUCACCUGAACGGUAGAGCAACAAAUGUCAGGAAUUUAACCAACGCUUGCGUCGCUAACGUCAUCUGUUCAAUUAUCUUCGGGAAAAAAUUCAAGAUGUCCGACCCCACAUUCAACCAACUCUUACAUCUCAAUGAAACGCUAGCCUCUACGCUAUCCUCAACAUCACUGCUCAACAUUUUCCCUUUUCUGAAGUACAUUCCUUUUGACCCAUUGAACACAAAAUACGUUGCACGUAUUGUCACAAAUAUUAAACUCUACACUCGUGAACUUGUAAACAAAUGCCUGGAAGAACACGACCCAGAUUGUGACGAUAACUUUAUCCUUUGUUUUGUGAAUGAGAUAAAAACAAAACAGGAAGGUCGUAGUCACACGCUUUUAGACGAAGAGAAACUUGGCGUCUUAGUUGAAGAUUUGUUAGCAGCUGGGACUGAGACUACUAGUACAACGAUAAUGUGGGCCAUGCUGUACGCUUUACAUUACCCAGAAACACAGGAGAAAAUAUAUCAGGAAAUAGUUGACAGUGUUGGAACUAAUCGAUCACCUACAAUUUAUGACAAGCCGAAUCUAAAAUACUUAAACGCAUUUACUAUGGAAGUCCAAAGAAUAACGACUAUAUUUCCACUAGCUCUGAUUCACGAAUGUUCACAAGACACGACCGUUGGCGGUUACACCAUCCCUAAAGGGACACAAGUCCUGCCCAACUUGGAUUUUGUACACAACGACCAGCAAGUCUGGGGAGACCCGGGGAACUUUAGACCCGAGAGAUUUCUUGAUGACCACGGUGACGUCAUCUCCCGUGAAGAACUAAUGCCCUUUUCUAUAGGUCGUCGGGUUUGUUUGGGAGAGUCGCUAGCUAAGACGGAGUUGUUUCUCUUUCUGUCUGCUUUGUUUCAAAGGUUCCGCCUGCUCCCAGCUGACCCACCCCAUCUACCAACACUGACAGGUGUCUUUGGUCUCACUGUAGGGCCGGAGGGAUUUGAAAUUAGACUGGCAGAGAGAGAGACAAUCUGAUACAAACAAGAUACAGUCACUAUAUCAUCACAUUCUUUAAGUAAUUUCAAUAUUAAAUAUGUAUAGUUAUACAUACACAAAUAUAUAUAUAU